AUAUAGUGAUUCGCUCAUAUAGAAGUUCUACUGUCCACCUAUUCGUAUGUACAUUUUUGGCAUUACGUCAAAAUUAUUGUGGCAAGAGUUGGCGAGAUAAUCACACAAUUUUCAAUGGCCGAAACGCUACACUAUCUCAUCCUACGCAAUCCAUCCAGUCAGAUUGUCAUUGCGUCGGCGAACGCCGUCUUGGAGAGCAUCGGACUGGAGAAUUGGAAAAUUCCAGUGGAUGAUUCCAUCGUGUCACUGCCUCCUUCGGCGCAAUCGUAUGUGCAUUCGCAUAGCUCACUGUACUGCCUCGCCGGAUGUCACUACCAUUUUAUGCGGCUAGCCGGGAUCGGCGGCGCAUCGGCCAUUUUUAUGAGUGCCUACUGCAAGUAUGUGCUGCGGGACAUCGAGAGCAUCAGGGAGCAACUGGACUCGCAGGCAUUCGCCGAUGUGGCCAAUCGCAUCCACUUUCUGCACUCCUUUGCCCUGAUGGCCAUGCCCCUGGCCCAUUAUCCAUUCCUUACAGGCACGCUGAUGAUCACCGGGACCCUCGCCUUCAGCGGCUCCAUGUACUAUCGCGCCCUAACGGGUGAGAAAUGGAUGCAGCCGUAUGCCACAAUGGGAGGAUUCUGCCUGAUGGCCGCCUGGCUAUCGUUGGUGCUGUAGAAGUCACCUUGUCCAUAUGGAUCUCAUUCCACUUACUUUGCUGGCAUUAGCAUAUAGUAAAUAUAGUCAGUCCUAAAAGUGAAGUCUAGCCGGGCUGGGCAGCCGAUGGAAGACACUUUUAAGAUAUAUGUAUAUUGCUAUGAUCUGUUUUGCCCAAUCUAAAUCAAAUAAACAAUAAACAAUAGACGACAGUACCC